CAAUAGCUGCGCAGGUCGAAUCGAGUGCAUUCACUCGGUAUUCGCUAUUAGCGUCAUCAAGUAAACAAGUUUUCCACCAAGUGCCACACAUUGGAACGGAACGUUUGUUAAAAAGUAUAAUAUCAUAGUUUUAUACUUAAUUUCUGACAUAAGCGUGAAUAUUUUGUGUGUUUAUUGAAACGUAAUAUAACACAUCUUGAGUGUGUCAGCAUCCGAAAUAUUAAAGAAACAGUGCAAAGGUUAAUUUCAUCAUAAUGGACGCUACUAUGGAAAACAAAAUGGGUCUACCACCGCCAUACGAACCAAUGCCGUCACACCCUGCGCCACCACCUUCUUAUUACCCAAAUGCUCCUGUUCAGCCACCAUCAACUGAUGGACCCCGUACACAAGUUAUAACUUCCGCACCGCGUACUGUAAGGGUCAUCAACAUGGGCCCAGGGCCUACCGGUACGGUGUGCCCAACUUGCAACAAAUCAAUUGUUACGAGGGUAGAAUACGUAUCAAAUAAUAGAACGCAUAUCGUAUCCGCAGCUCUUUGUAUUUUAGCCGGGUGCUGUUGCGGCUGCUUUGUGCCUUAUUGCAUAAAUUCCUGCAAAACCGCAAAUCAUUACUGUCCACAGUGCAGAGCCUUUAUAGGCACUCACGUUCCCUCGUAAUGUUUAUAUUAUUCGUAUUAAUUAUAAGGCUGCUUAAGGUGCUUUAGAUGUGUAGAAAAUAUUAUUUAUCAUCUACAGGGUAUAUAUGAUUUUUUUUUUAUAUUUGUAUUCCAUAAAAGUUAUAUUUAUUUAUUAUAUUUUAUUUAAAAUUUAUUUUACUUUUAAAUUUUUCCGUUAGGACAAAAAAUUAGAACAAUUUUCUUUUUGUAUUUGUGUUAAUUAGAGAAUUUAUGUGAACUAAAGACAACAAAAUGCAAUAAGUGUAACUAUAACUGAGGUAAUAAUUUAUAAGGUUGUCUGGAACAGAUCGCUCUUUUAGCGAUAAUAUCGCCUUUGUACACCGUUCUUUAUUUGUAAUAUGUUAUUGUUUUGACUUUUAUUUUGUACAAUAAAGAGUAAGCAUAAUAAUACUUCCUGUCCGAAGUAGAUUAAAAAAUACAUAAUACAAUUAUCGAAAGACAAGAAUGAUCAAAAUAUUGGUUUUAACUAAUUUUAUUUUAUAUAUAGUAUAGAUUCAUAUAAACUUUUUUGAGAAGAUAAAGCUACACAAUAAUAAUUAAUUAUAUAAUUUUUGCAUCUAAA